CAAAACUGGACAGUUCUAUAGGAUCCAAUACAGAACAUUCUGAUGAGAGCACUGCGUUCUUCUGCUUCUUCCUGUCUCUGAUCUUCUGAUCUUCUGCUCUUCUGCUCUCUCCGACUCUGUAUGCGUCUCUGUUCUUUCAGAUGGAGCCAAUGAGUUCAUCAAACCCAGAUCUUAGAAAAGUUGCUGUUGCUGCUGAAGCGGAGGGGUUUGGGCGUUCUGUUGAUGAAAUUUCUGCAAAGGUUGAUACGCUUGAGAAAAGAGUGAACGAGGUUGAACGAUUUUACUUGACUACAGGUAGUCCGCAACUAACCAAUUCAAAAGGCAGCUCAAUUGUGAAGGAUAAACAGUUAAAUCUUCUUAAGAAGCAGCAGCAAGAUGCAUCACGUAGGGAAGUCACUGCUACAAAGAGAAUGCAAGAGCUCAUGCGGCAAUUUGCCUCAAUAUUCCGUCAGAUCACUCAGCACGAAUGGGCAUGGCCCUUUAAGGAGCCUGUAGAUGUUGAAAGUCUGGGAUUGCAUGACUAUUAUCAAGUUAUUGAGAAGCCUAUGGACUUCGGAACCAUAAAAAAUAAAAUGGAAGCUAAGGAUGGUACUGCCUAUAAGAAUGUUAGAGAAAUAUAUGCUGAUGUGAGGCUGGUAUUUAAGAAUGCAAUGAAGUAUAAUGAUGACAAAGAUGAUGUCCAUGUGAUGGCCAAAACUUUGUUGGAAAAGUUUGAAGAAAAAUGGCUAAGGCUUUUGCCAAAAGUUGUUGAAGAGGAAACAAGACGAGUAGAUGAGGAAGCUGAGGCACGACUACACACACAACUUGCCCAGGAGGCUGCUUAUGCCAGCAUGGCUAGGGAUCUAAGCACUGAGCUUGUAGAGAUUGAUCUGUAUUUGAAGGACCUCAGAGAAAUGGUGGUUCAGAAGUGCAGGAAAAUGUCUGCUGAUGAUAAGAGAAAACUUACAACAGCUCUCACCCAGUUAUCUCCUGACGAUCUCAGCAAGGCUCUGGACAUCGUCGCUCAGAAUAACCCCAGCUUCCAAGCAAGUGCGCAAGAAGUGGAUCUUGACCUUGAUGCUCAGAUAUGUCUUCGUUUCAUUCUUCCAUCCCUCUACACAGAGUGAGUGCACAUUAUGGAGGUUAAAAGUUUUUGUUAAGGAGGCACUAAAAGUUCAGGGAAAAAGUUCUGAAGGCAUUGCCGGCAACAAAGUUACAGCGUCCAAACGAAACAGAGAGAUUUCUGAUGCUGUUCCCAAGACUAACGCAAAAAGGACUAAAAAGCUCUCUUGUUUGUGAUCUUGCUUGCAUGUCAGGUGACCCGGUUCAUUCAGUGCAUUGCGGGAGAAAUUGAAUGUAAUUAUGUGCUGGUUAACUCUGUAAAUCUCCUUAAUGAAAGAGCCAUGGAUCAUUUUUCUGUAUAGAUACGUGAUAUAGAUCAAUCAACUUCUCUAUUUCUGUAAAGGUUGGAUACAUAAUCAGACUUCUAGUCAUUUGCUAUGUUUUGUGGAAGGACACGCCUUGCUAAAGAAUAGACCAGAUGAAUGUCCUUUGUCGUGUAUUCUCUU